GCUGUCUCGCUCCGCCCCUUUCUCCCCCAGCUGCAUCGGCCACGUCAGCGAGAAACUCCGGUCCGGCUGCAAGCUUGACAGAGAAACGGGGGUGAGGAAGAGGAGCUGGGGGCGGGACGCUCUGCCCCCCCUCCGCCGAGGACCCUCCUCUCUCGCUCGCCGCCCUUCCUCCCGCCAGCAUGGUUCUGCUCACCAUGAUAAGCCGGGUCCAAGACGGGCUACUUUUGGCUGCUUCCAUGCAAGAAACGGAACAGUCAAAUCGGAAUUUCCAAGAAUAUCACAGUCAAGCCAAACAGCUCUUCCGAAAACUGGGCGAACAUUCGCCAAAUCGGUGCUCUCUGCAGGCUGGAACGAUGACUUUUCAUUACCUGAUCAGCCAGGGAGUUUGUUACCUGACACUCUGUGAAGCUACAUAUUCAAAAAAGUUGGCAUUCUCCUUUCUGGAGGAGCUGCAAGCUGAAUUCUGGGAGCUUUACGGGAAGAAGGUCUCAUCGGUGUCCCGACCUUACGCCUUCAUUGAGUUUGACAUUUACAUCCAGAAGUUGAAGAAAUCCUACCUAGAUACUUGGUCAAAGCGUCACCUAAGCAGCAUCAAUUUGGAGCUCCAGGAUGUUCAGAAAAUCAUGGUGACCAACAUUGAAGAAGUUCUCCAGAGAGGGGAGGCCUUAUCAGCUCUGGACUCGAAAGCCAGCAACUUGUCAACCCUCUCCAAGAAAUACCGCCACGAUGCCAAGGUCCUCAAUAGCCGCUCUGCUUAUGCCAAGGCUGCGGCCACCAGCCUCAUUUUCGUGAUGUUCCUGCUCUACGUACGCUUCUGGUGGUUGGUGUGACCAGGUGUCUCCCUCCAUUCCCGAGGCCCGAUGUGACUUGUGAAGGAAGAAGGGAGGUUUCUGCUUCGGGGAGAAACAUGGAAACAUCCCAAAACUUGCCACUCAGGACAAUGUUGUUAUUUUUCGCAUCACCCUUUUGGCACCUCAAGGUCAACCUAGAAUGGCAGCUGCGAGAUGCCAAGGGAAAAGAGGACUAUUUAUAAUGGGAAAAGGCUGGUUGGCCUGCCUUUUGUAAAUUUUUUUAUAAUAAAUUUUAUUAAAGUUUACAAAUGCAAAGAUAAAAGACUUAUGCAAACUAAGAAGA